AUGAAGGAGGACCCUAGGAAUACAGUCAAGAGACUGGCCAUCCAGGACUUGAAGCUCCUGGCUAAAAAGGCCACCUAUCUCUGGAACAGAGAAAACACUCAGGUGGGGUCUUGUGAUGCUUUCACCCCUUCUCGGCUCAUUGACCUUGUUAAGCUAGCGCAGGAAUGCUGUUACCACAGCAACCUGGCCUUCUCUGCCUAUGGAGUCACUGUGCCCGCCAACAUCGCCAUUUCCUAUCCAGAGAAAGACAUGAUGCAUCUGGAGCAGGACACCGUGAUGGGGGUGGAGUCUCUGCUGGUGCUCUGCAGUCAGGACGACCGCCCCAGAACUCAGGCCACGCUCAAGAUGGCUCUCACCUCAUUGGUCCAGCUGCUGAAGAGUCGCCCCCAGCUGCACUCGGCCUGCGACCCCUCAAACGUGCUGAUAUGCCACGCCUGGGCGGCCAUCGCCACCCAGCUGCCCGUGCUGGGAUAGGGCAUGCUGGGGGAUCUGGUGGACUUCUACCGGGUGGCCAUUCACUCUUUCACCGACAAGCUGCAGGUGCUCCUCCUUUCCCUGGCGACUGUGGUGUUUGUGGCUAGCCAGUCGUCCCUGUCGGCGGAGGUGAAGACGGUGAUCAAGCAGCAGCUGGAGAACAUGGCCAUCGGUUGGCAGACCUCGCGCAUGGGUUGCCAUGAGUUCUCCAGCAAGCUGUACCAGAGUCUGCAGACGCAUGUUUCCUCUGAGCAUUUCUACUUCUGGCUCAACGGUCUAAAGGAGUUCUCCCAGGCCGUGCUGUGUCUUAGCGGCCUGGAGGACAGAGACUCCAGUGUAGCUAUGGCGGCCAUCACCGAGGCCCUGCGCUCUUACCAGAAGGGCAUCACCUCCCUGGCGCUUGCUCUCUCCCCAUCUCCUCGGACCCCAACCGAGCCAAUCCCGGUGCAGAACAACCAACAGCUGCCUCUGAAGGUGGAGGGCGUGGUGCAGCAUGGCUCUACCCCCGGAUUGUUCGGCAAGAUUCAGUCUGUCUGCCUCAACGUCAGCUCCGCUCUCCAGACCAAGACUGGUGGGCUGGAAUACUAG